CCCAACUCAGCGCGCGCCUACCUAGAUUUCCCUUUUUUUAGGGAAUAUCUGAAACCGGUCCUAUUAUCAUGCGGCGAUGGUCUUGUAGUAUGUUGACUGCUAUCGAACUUUAUGGAAUGCCUUGGCGAAUGUCUUAAAUACACCCUUCCUGGCAAUUAAAUAUCAUUCACUUUGUAGUGUUAUUUGAGCAUUCCAGAUCACCCGCUUGUGCAGCCUUUUAGGACGUCGAUGCGUACCAUUUUUCCAUACUUUACUACCUACUUAGAAGCACAGCUACGUAGGUAGCUCAGCAUGGAUCAUUCCGUAGUUUAGUAGAAGUAAACGCUGCAUAACCAUGCGGCUCCUGCUUUUGUUGGCGAUAGCUGCUGUCUUGCAGCCCCACGCCCUUGCUGCGGAGUCGCUCCAAGGCGCAGCAGCAGCAGCAGGGGGAGAUGCGACUGGAGGCAGCAGCAGCAGCAUUAGGAUCGGGGGUAGGCAACUGCAUGAAGGCGGUGGAGAUGACCCACGAGUGGCUGCGGGCGUCAAACGGCUGCUGCAGGCAGCCAAGCUCUACCGCAGUCGGCUGCCUGGGGGGCAGACCAUGCUGCGCCCACGUCAGAUUCACCGGGCGUUGUACGGCGGGGACUUGGAACGACUCCGAAACUUCGUACGGAGAAUGGCUCUAGGCGAGUCCCUGACCCUAGCCCUCAUGGGUGGCAGCGUGUCCAAGGGCAUGGGUGCGGUAGCCGGGGAGCCCUCCCUGGAGGCUUGGCUGGGGGGCUGGCUGGCGCAGGUGGCUCCCCUGGCGGGGACAGCAGUAGGGGGAGCGGGAGGAGAUGUUGGAGGAGCGGGGGGAGCAGCAGGAGGGGGGGAGGGGGGAGUUGGGGCGGUGGUGGCGGCACCGGCAGGGAGCCAGAGGUCAACUGUGCGGCUGGUGAAUGCGGCGUGUCCGGCUACUUCGUCAGCGUAUAUGAACAUGUGCCUGAGGGAGUACCUGCGGGAGCCCGAGCGGGUGGACCUCAUCCUGCUGGAAUAUGCAAUUAACGAUGAAGCCUUCCCCGAUCCGCCCUGGGAGAACGAACACAGGAAGAGUUUCGAGCUGCUGGUCCGCAAGCUGCUGCGGCUGCCCCGCCGCCCGCCCGUGGUGCUACUGAACACCUACCGCUGGCACUCGGAAGGGGCGCUGCGGGGGCCGACCGGAACCAAGAGGCCCUCCGGCGGAAUCUACUAUACAAACACAGAAGCCCACUACUUUGAGUUUGCAACGUACUACGGCCUUCCAAUGAUAUCACUCAAGGCGGCGGUGUAUCACCAGAUGAUGGCCGGCGUCAGGGGAUGCCAGGUCCACUCACUGCGAUACCAGACGCGCGAAAACAGCUCCAGCGACCCGGCCGCCCUGUUUUACGAGGACGGCAUGCACCCCUCGGGGCUCACAGGGCACAGGGUGCUGAGUGAGUUGGUGAUUGCAAUGUUGCUGCAUGCGGCUCGGUCGCUGGAGGCGCGGCCGUGGAGGCAGUCUGAGGAGGAGCACAUUCGUGCACCGCUGCCUCGUCCCAUGAUCCCACGUAUCGGCGCCAACUACAGCGUCAGCGAGGGCUGGCAGCGGGGCGCUAGUCAGCAGCAGCAGGAGGACGGGGAGGGAGACGAGGGGGGCGGGUACGGGCAGUUGGAUCGCUGCCUGCUCGGCGACAACUUGAGGGCAGCGGCGGUGGAGGCACAGGGUUUCGAGUGGCUCAACGAGGGUCGCAACCCGCAGGCUCCCAAGUGGGGCUUCACAGCCACCGCCCCGGGUUCCCACAUCACCUUCCAACCGCUGGGACUAGACACCCCUGCUUCCUCCGCACUAAACGGCACUGCUGUCGCUGCUGCUUCCACGACUGGCGCCUCAGCCCCUCCUGUUUCCGUUUUGGUCAUCCUGGCCUAUCUCCGCAGCUAUGAGAACAUGGGGGUGGCGGAGGUGAGCUGUCUGGGAGGAGCUGGCUGCAUGUGCGGAGGCAGUGCAGACGGAGCUGUGGUGUUGCGGCUAGACGGGCACUGGGCGCAACGCACCUCUCAGCUGCAGCUGGGCUGCUUCCCGGCGCUGCUGGCGCCAGGCUGUCGGGUGCGGGUGCGGGUAGCAGCGGAGAGCAGUAGCGGGAAACACAAGGUGAAGCUGGGCGGGCUGAUCGUGAGUCACAGCGCCCCCGGCCUGGCUCAGGACAUGUGUCGCGACAACCUGGAAGCCACGCAGCGGGCGGCGGGGUACCGGGAGAUGUGAUGAUGAAAGGUCAAAGAUAAACCACGGGGAUUUCGAGGGAGGGGAGGUUGCGGGAUGGCGCAUACAGCGGUGCUGGGACUUUUGAUGACGAGGGGUCAGCAACUCAGCACGGUAGGAACGCCGGCCCCUGUUUAAACAGCAAUUGAGCAGCAAGCCCAUAGUGCAAUAUGAUAGCACCUGUGGUAUGUGAGGAUGGUGUUGAGAGCGUUGCCAAGCCGUUGGGGGUGCCUCUUGCGAAUCGAUGCCGGCUACUAGCUAUUCCGGACUUAACAGUAGGCCUAAUGCAGACCGGACUUCUCAAUAGGGCAGUGGAUGGGGGUUUGUGUGAAGGGGGCAGGGGUGCGCAGCUGGGUAGCCAGAGGGUCUCAUGGGGUGGGUUGUGUAGGCAGGUUAUGUCGCAGCUGCAGCAUAUUCUACAGGCACGUCAGACGCUGUGAUGCAGUGGAAAGAAACUUUGGAGGGGACCUAGGUGGAGGUUGUGAACAGCGUGCAUGUGGGCUUGUGCUGGAAAAGGGUGCCUACCACCCUGGCUGCCACUUGCCAAUAUGGCUUUCUGUACCUGGCUUGCAUGCUGUACAGCAGACGGAAACAUGGCUCUCAGGACCGGCUAUUAACCAACCAUUUUUUGAUAGGCAAUUACCUGCACAUGGUACAAGGAAGGAGAGGCAGGCAGUUGGCGCGUGUGGAUGAGGGACAUGAGGUGUCAACAUUUUACGGAUGCCGGUACGAAGAUGAAGAGGCAUGAAAAGCUUGGCUGUCUUAACUGGCUCAAAAC